AAAGAUGCAGGGACCAGCCAUGAACUGCAUCACAUCAUUCUCUUCUGACUGCUGUGGAUCAUUCAAAGCUAAUAAUGAGCAGGAACUACUUGUCUGCAAAUAGCGAGCUCCGCCAGGGAGACUUCCUACUUUCCAACAACGAGAAGUGGAAGGCAGUUUUCCAGGAUGAUGGCAACUUUGUCAUUUACGGCCCGAGCCCUGUGUGGGCUUCAGGUACUGAUGGAGCAGAGGCUGUUCGCCUGUGCAUGCAGGAUGACUGCAACCUGGUCAUGUACGACACGAGUAACCAGGUGAUAUGGGACACAGGCUCAAGCACAGCUCCCUGCAUCACGUGUCGCCUUCAGCUGACUGAUGACGGCACGCUGGUGAUUUACCGGGAAGCUGAAGUUGUCUGGACCUCUGAGUUUUCCAAAGGCAAUAAAAAAUGACUUAACAUGACUUUUGAGCUUCUGAGUGCUUUUAAAAUUGAAAGCAAUCUUUGAAUGUUAUCCUGAGUUCACUGCCUGCGAUGUAAUGUGGACACAAUAAAAGGCACCUUUUCAAAUUGCA